AAAUGAGCUUGUGGUUUACUAGGGACGGGAAGCAAACUGAGCCAAAAAAUUUGCCUCCCCACAUUGACGUUGAAGUGAGCAUGAGCAGAAGCUUUGACCUGAGGCUCAUCGAUUGAGAUGAGCUAUUUGCUCAGGCUACCUGUGCAGGCAAGGAAAACUGUAAUGGAGAUUGUAAAAGCACAAGCUGGAUGUGUAACUUGUAGUCAUUUAAACUGAUGUAAAGACAGAAGGAUGACCACACUUUUUAUCUUAUACUUUCUGCUACUUCUGGGAGGGACCUAUGAGGCACCUACUUCUGCUCAUCAUCCAAAUAUAUUGCUGAUAAUUGUGGAUGAUCUUCGCCCAACUUUAGGAUGCUAUGGUGAUACUUAUGCAGUGACACCUAAUAUUGAUGCACUGGCUCGCCAUGGAACAGUUUUCACAAAAGCAUAUGCACAGCAGGCACUGUGUGGUCCAAGCCGAACAUCAUUUCUAACCUCUCGACGACCAGAUACUACAAAGCUUUAUGAUGUCCACUCUUACUGGAGAACAAAUGCAGGAAAUUUUACAACUCUACCACAGUAUUUUAAAGAUCAUGGCUACCAUACAGUCUCAUUUGGAAAGGUAUUCCAUCCAGGCAUAGUCAGCAAUUAUUCUGAUGAUCAGCCUUAUAGUUGGAGUGAGGAUCCAUAUCACCCCCCUACUCAAGCUUUUAAGAAUGCCCCAGUAUGCCUUGGUAGUGAUGGCUCAUUACAGAGAAAUAUAUACUGUCCAGUAGAGGUUGAGAAACAGCCAGGCAAAAGCUUGCCUGACAUAGAAACAACCAUAUCUGCAGUGAAAUGGCUUGAAAAUCGAUCAUUAGAGGGUGACCAGCCAUUCUUUAUGGCAGUUGGUUUCCAUAAACCUCACAUUCCACUGAAAUUUCCUGUGAAAUUUAUUGAUUUUUACCCUAUUGAUACGGUACCAAUGCCUUCAAAUGAAGAUUAUCCAAAAGGGCUACCAAGUGUUGCUUGGAAUCCAUGGAAUGACUUGAGAAGAAGGGAUGAUAUUAGAGAACUAAAUAUAUCAUUUCCUUAUGGUCCAAUUCCAAAAUCUUAUGCGAGAUAUAUACGGCAAGGGUACUAUGCUGCUACAACUUAUGUUGAUUCCCUCAUAGGGCACAUACUAGCUACAGUUGAGAGUGAUUUUCCAGAUACUGUAGUCGCUUUGUUAGGAGACCAUGGUUGGUCUUUGGGUGAACAUCAAGAAUGGUCUAAGUACAGCAAUUAUGAAGUUGCUACAAGAGUUCCUUUUAUUAUUAGCAAACUGAAGUCGAGUAUUGAUCGCAUAUCUGAAGAAGCACAUAGUAAAAACAGAAUGCAUGAAUUUAGAAGAAAGAGCUUAGAUGUAAGCAAUGGUAAUGAGAGUUUAAAUCAUAUCAAAACUCUCCGUUCAUCAUCUAUUUGGGAGUCUGAUGAUAGUAAUUUUCAUGCAAAAUAUGAAGAGAGGCAUCACAGUAAGGGAGAAAAUUCUCAUUUUUCGAGCUAUGAAGGUGUAGUAGAACUUGUGGAUUUGUUUCCUACGUUAGUCGAUCUGGUUGGACUCCCAGCUGUUCCAUCAUGUCCAGAAUAUUCACAAAAUAUUGAAAUAUGUUCUGAAGGGGAAAGUUUAGCACCAUUAUUAAGUACCAAACUUCAUAAUGCAAUUGAAAAUACCAUCAAGCCAAGAAAAAGUGGUACUGGAAUUAAAAAAGUAUCUUUUAGUCAAUACCCAAGACCAGGCUUAAACCCCUCGGUGUCCCCAGACAGUGAUCAGCCUCGAACAAGUGAGACAAGGAUAAUGGGAUACUCCAUGAGAACUCACAGAUUUCGUUAUACUACUUGGUUGAAGUUCAAUAAUGUUACAUACAAACCUGACUGGAGUGAAAUAGUAGCAGAAGAAUUAUAUGAUCACAAAUUUGAUGACAAUGAAGAUUACAAUGUGUGCCAUAAAAAAGUAUACCAGAUGCAGAGAAAACACCUUCUGAAACAGUUGAGUCACUGGAGGAAAAGGACCAGUUUAGCCUGAUAUACCAUGUUUUCAAGUGUGUUAUGCAACUUUUUCUCCUUUUGUAAAGUUCUUUUGAAAUUAGAUGUCACAUUUAUUUUAAGAGUUAAGAGACUAAUUACUUCUAUUCAGGUGGGACAUAGUGGAAGAAAGGUACCUGUUUUAUACCUGGUAUGCUGUUUACUUUAGCAUAAAGUAGUUUUUAUGAUGUGCUAAAUUAAAGUUACCAUUCAUUUUACACAAAUAGCAUUUGAGAUGGUAAAACAUCUUAGUUUUAGAACUUUCUAAAAAAAAAUGUGGUCAAUUUUUUCGUUUUUGAACUUUCUAAACAAAAAUGUGGUUAAUUUUUUCAGCUUUUUAGAAUUUUAAUUAUUUCAUCUGCAAUACCUUCAGUCAGAAGCAGAAUGUUCAGUGUGUUAGACAUGAUUAAUAUUUGCUGGCAUGCAUCAUCAAAGUUGGAACCCUAGUUCAUUGAUGAAAACCUUAAAAUCUAUAAAUUGCAGAAGUUACAUGUUUUGAUCAGGUGAUAGUCUGUAAGUUUUUGGACUGCAAUUAAUGAAGUUGAUUGUUUACCCCUUUGUACCAUUCUAGUAAAAAGUACGAUUGUUCCUCUUGAUUAACUUUAAUAAAACCAGUUUCUUCACUAUAUUGCAUCAAAUAAAAAUUCUGUAUUUUUCUUACAA